AUGGACCGUGCGCACAACCGGCGCGAAGGCGCCAAGGAGAGGACGAUGACACAGCGAGUCGAGGCGAGGUUCCAUUGCGAUGGCAUGGACCUGGACGAGAACGGCAAAGGCGAACUCCAGAUGAGCGCGAUGGUCUACAGGGGGGCGAACGCGCACUUCACCGAGGCAACGCCCAACGGUUCGAUCGAGAUGGCGAUCGACGGCGAAAAGACCUUCGCCGCGCACUACUUCAAACCCGGCAAGGUCUACCGCGUGAUCUUCGAGGAGCUCACCGAGGAAGAGGACGCUCGCGAGCGCGAACUCGCGGGUCGUCGGUUCGAGUCCGGCCUGGCCUCCUGGAACGUUCAAGGAACCCACACAUGGAGUGAGGAGAUGACGGAACUGAAGCAGGUGAAGGAAGCGCUCGAGGACAUCGUCAAGCUCGCGUCGAAGGGGAUCGAUAACCCGGUGCUCUUGACCAUCGAGAACGAAGCAAGUGACGCGCUCGUGGAGCUCGAGCGCUACCAGGAGUCGAGGUUGCGCAUUCUCGAAAACGCGGUGCCUGGAGGUGUGUCUGACGACGCGUCUUGGCCCAACAUCGAAGAGCUCGCCGCGUUGCUCGAGGAAGAAAAGUAUGAGGACCUCCGUGAGCUCGCGGAUCGCUUCGGCAAGGACGAAGCCUUCCUGGCGGAUUGGCACAAAGCUGUCGAGACCCUCGUCGAGCGCGACAUCGCCCUGAUGACCGAGGCUGAGUUCAACAUGGUGCGCGACUUCUUCCUCCAAAACGCAAACGAAUCGAAGCGGGUCACGAUCCUCAUAGGCAUCCCGGGUUCAGGUAAGAGCACCUGGGCGGCCAGGCAGAACGGCGCGACGGUGGUCAACGCAGACCGCUACCACAUCGGCGCCGAUGGCGUGUACCGCUACAGCGUGGCCAACGCCGGCAAGGCGCACCUGUGGUGUUACCGCGCGUUCCUCGACGCGCUCGAGCGCCGCGACGAGCACAUCAUCGUCGACAACACGAACACCCAGAACUGGGAGCGCGCGGCAUACGUCAAGCACGCGCAGCUCUGCGGAUACACCAUCGAGUUCAAGCGGUUCCGCUGUCCGGUGGAGCGCGCGGCGAAGCGGAACGUGCACGGCGUGUCGCGCGAGAUCAUCGAGAAGAUGGCCGCGCGCAUCGAGGAGCCGCUCUCGCGCUGGGGUGAGGUCGAGGAGAUCGAGGCGGUCGAGUGA